AUGACAUCCACUCGAUCCAUUCACUCCACUGCAGCCAUUGCACUGGGCAUUCAAGACUGCAACCAAUCCAGCUACCAGUGCAGAGCUUGCAUUGUAGACAUUGGGCAGAUUGUGUAUACCAUAUUUGUGUCUCCUGAUGGUCAGAUGCUGGCAUAUGGAGGGAGCAUUGGACUGAAAAUAUGCAUGUGUGAGACAACUGAACAUGUCCUGGAGCCCGAUUACAGCAAGAACAUCGACGGACAAGUGACAAACUCACAGUGGGCUGAUGAUGACACUGUGUUAUUUGGCACCCAUUAUGGAUACAUUCACAUAUUUAUGAAAGAUAAAGAGGCAUGGAGUAUGAUCCUGAGAGCGUUGUUAUUCCCAGAUGAAGGGAACAUGUGGAUGUUCAGUCUCCAUGAUGGCCACAUGUGCUCCAUCAGCGUCCAAACAGGGGAGAUCUUAUCGAAACCCAGAUGGAUGACCGAUGUGAUUUUUAGUUUACACCAGAUGAAUUCUGGACUGGAGGUCGCAACCUACACAGCAGUGAUCACCGGCAGUGAUCACGGGAAGGUCUACAUCUUCGACAAAAAGGGUGGUGAACUGAUAGAUGUACUGGGGCAUGCACCCAAGGGCUUGGUGCAGAGCAUCACAGUGCAAAAGAACUCUUUGUGCCUCAAAUGA